AUGAAAAGGACAUCAAUAAAGUUAUCGACCCUUCCACCCACCCUACGCACUAUCCUGUUACAGCGGACCGCCCAGACCGCAGCAUCAAAAUCAUCCACUGAAUCACCUGGAGAACCAAUCUCCGUCAACGGAUGGAUCAAAUCUUUACGGACUCACAAAAACGUUUCUUUCGCUGAGAUCAAUGACGGGAGCUCGGGAAAGAGCCUGCAGGCUGUACUGAAAGGCAAGGGAAAAGCUGAUGGACUGACGAACGGGACGAGCGUGAAUCUCAAAGGAGAAUUGAAGAAAUCAAAAGGCCAAGGACAAGAUUUAGAAUUAUUGGUGAAUGAUCUGAACAUCUUAGGAGAGUGCGACUCCGAGACAUACCCAAUCCAAAAGAAAUCACUACCUAAUUCUGUACUUCGUGAUAACGCUCAUUUGAGAUUCCGUACUUCCCAGACCGCAGCUGUGAUGAGGAUAAGGGAUAAUAUCAUGAGAGAUUGGCAUGAUUGGUUCGAGGAGAACGACUUUAUCCAUAUACACACCCCUCUCCUUACUUCAUCAGAUUGCGAAGGUGCCGGGGAAGUAUUUACUCUCCUUGAUCAACCUAAACCCAACAAUACCCAGACGACAACGUUCUUUCCUCAUCCUGUUCAUUUAACCGUAUCUUCUCAACUUCACUUGGAAGCUCCCACUCACUCUCUCUCACGUACAUAUACAUUAUCACCUUCAUUCAGGGCCGAACCAAGUUUGACAUCAAGACAUCUGAGUGAAUUUUACAUGUUGGAAGGUGAAGUGGGAUUUAUAGAUGAUCUAGAUCAAUUACUGGACGUUGUUGAAGAUGGAAUUAAAUUCAGUGUAGAUCGUAUACUGAAAGAGGGUAGUAAGAGAGGUAAAAGGGUUAAAGAGGAUUUAGAGAUAAUAUCGAAAUCUUUGAAUGACAACACGGAGAAUGAGGUGGUAGAACAACAAGGAGUGAUCAAUCGAUCGGAUCCAUUAAAUCACUUGAGACAAAUACUCGCUAAACCAUUUACGAGAAUCGAUUAUACUCAAGCUUUGGAUUUACUUAGACAAGCUAAACAGGAAAGAAGGGAAGAAGGUGAAUUACCUUUGAAGGAUGUGCCGACUUGGGGAGAAGGUUUGUCGACAGAAAAUGAAAAAUGGUUGGCUAAUCAUUUUAAUGGACCGGUAUUCGUUAUGAGGUAUCCCAAUAAGAUUAAACCUUUUUACAUGUUACCUUCCUCGUCCCCUUCCACAGGCCAGAUUGGCCACGGAGAGGAGACAGUAGAAUGUUUUGAUCUCCUUUUCCCCCUCAUUGGCGAGAUGGCUGGUGGAUCCCUUAGAGAACAUCGUCUAGAUCAUCUCACUCGUGCGAUCGAACAAAAUGGAAUGAAGAAAGAAGACUACGAGUGGUAUACUGAUUUGAGAAGAUACGGAUCUAUACCCCAUGGGGGUUGGGGGAUGGGUUGGGAUAGAUGGAUAAGUUAUGUGACCGGCGUGGGGAACGUAAGAGACGUGGUGGCUUACCCGAGAUGGAAGGGACAUUGUAAAUACUAA